CCCCAGUUGCUGAGCCAGAGACGCCAGUGGCAACUUUGAGCUCGAGAGCCAAGUGUUUUGGUUUGUUUUUUUUUUGCCAAGGAGGCAGGAUGGAUUGCUCUCCUGCAAAGAAGAGGCGGUUAAUGGAGAGGCUCCCCACCAUUGAGCCCAUGGAGGUGGACCCUCCAGAGAGCGGCGAGGAGCCCAUGGAUGUGGACCCUCCAGAGAGCGGUGAGGAGCCCAUGGAAGUGGACCCUCCUGAGAGCUGCGAGGAGCCCAUGGAGGUGGACCCUCCUGAGAGCGAUGAGGAGCCCAUGGAGGUGGAUCUGGUGCCAGGUGAAGAACCAAUGGAAGUGGAUCCACCUCCACCAGGGCAGAACCACCAGCAGCUCAUCGCUCUCAGGAAGAGGCAGAGGAGAGCCAGAGCCAGAGCCUGCCCCUACUACUGGCGUGGCCUGAGGUCCUGUCCAUAGCCGUCUCGAUGCCAGUGCUGAACCUCCCAUCCUCCAAUCUUCCUAUGAACCCAUCCUUCUCGUCCCCACCUCCCCUCCCUCCCCAAGUCCUCUCAUCUCUUCUUCACCAAGUGGAAGAAGGGAAGGCAGGGACUGGCAUCCUCUGAGCUGUUGCACCGGAGCAACCGGAGGAGUCCAGCAGAGGGACCCGAGCUGCCCGGGGACGUGAGGAGGUCUCAAAGGUGUCACAGAGGGUGGCUGUUCCUGUGCAGAAGCCUUUGGUUUUGACAGGAGGAAGGCUGAUGUUCAGCAUGAAGGAUUUUUUUCAAGCUUGGACAACAAAAGAUUUUAAGAAAUAGAACCAAAAAAAUUAAA